GAGAAUUAUGUCAGUGUGUGUUUGAUACAAGAGGAGUCGGGUUAUGGAAUGUUUUAAAAAUGGCUUUCUGAUGACGUGAAGAACACGUGUUUACAGAGCAGGUUACAAGUGGAGUUGGAAACUUAUUUGUUUCUCCACUGUGAUUUCAUACCUACUCCCAUAUCUAUUUACCUGACUUUUCUGUGUUUGCUCAGUGAACUGUUAAAGCACGGACUAAUUUAACAAACUGCUCCGCUUUUUUCUGAUUGAAAUCGGAGCAGCCACUAAGCUGUAUAGACGUCUUUUGUUUUUGGCAGUGUUUUAGAAGAGUGUGGUUUUGUGUGAUCGAGGCAGGAAUAUUUUCGCCCCUUAAUUCUGUUUAUGGCAUAUAUUUAGGCAUUUAAAAGAAGCCAUUUAUGUGUUCAGACAUUGGUGGCUGUUGGAGCGUAAUACUGAAAGAAGUUUUUUCUUUUAAAUAUAAUCGCACAAAAAUAUUGAGGGGAAUUUAAUUGCUGUACAAGGCCCGUGUCAGAGACAGUGGUAUUUUCCCUGUAUUGCCUCAGAUGACCUUGUGCGGAGGAAUCACAUAUAGAUAGUGGGUCUGGGCUGAGAUAAAACCAGCCUGUGUUGAAAUUUGAACACCUGACACGGUAUUACCAGUGCAGCACUGUGAGCUGACUGACUAGGUUUUCAGCACAGCAAGGCAGGAUAUUGCAUAUCACGGGCCCUUUUCCUGGGAUAUUACGUACAGUGAUACAAUUCUGAACACCACCAGUUAUAUACAAGGCCUCCGUAGGUCGGUGUGCUAGUGUGUUGUUGUCUCUGGAUAUAAUAACCUGUAAACAUACCCUAGGGUCACCGCUUCAUUGAUAUUGGACUUGAGGUCAGCUAUAGCUGCCUGUCUCAACAUUAGACAAGUAUUCUCUACCUGGAAUGGAGUGUGCAUAAUUUACUUGAACGACGGGAGGAGCGAUAUUUAUAUAUAUGGUUUUGUUGUAGUGCCUCUCCUAUUCUCUCGCCUUUGACAAUAACAGUUUAUGACAUAUUACGCACACACGUUGGAUAAUAUAGAUCCCAAGAAUGCUAGUAACUGUGAGGGUUAAAAAUACGAGUGUGCUACUUUGGCGUGUGCUGUGUUGUUCAAUGAUCUAAUCGUGGUUAAGUGUUGUUUGUGUAAUUCGAUUUAAAGUGUUUUGUCUGGGAAAUAUUUACCAGCCUGAGGAUUUGAGAGAUAGAGAAAAAAUUUUUUAUCUGUGGAUGUGCAGCAAAUGUGUUGAUAAUAUAUCUGCCAUUGAAUUGGAAUGACAUUAGGAUAGUUUGGAUACUAAGAAAGAAAAAAAACGGCCAUGAAUAACGUAAUAUACGAUGAUUUUCAAGAUUGGUUGUAUAACCCCCACAAUCCAAUCAAUUCGGUUCAUCAGGGGGGUUUUCCAAACAUGGGAGGUCCCCCCAUGAUUUCUCCUCCCCAUUCCUUGCCCCCUCAACCCCGGGAGAGCAUGGACACAAGCUUUGAAGAACCGAUGCAGGUCUCGACCACAGGGGACACUUACAUGGAUUGUGACUCCUCAGAGUAUUAUGGAAGAGAUGCUGCAUCUAAAAGAGAACAGAAAAGGCGGCCCAAACCAAAAGACGGCACCCAGCUUGUUUGUGGAGUUUGUGGGGAUAAGGCCCUGGGUUACAACUUUGAUGCCAUCACCUGUGAAUCUUGUAAGGCAUUCUUCAGAAGAAAUGCCUUGAAAACAAAGGUUUUUGCAUGCAGUUUUGAUGGAAACUGUAAGCUGGACACCCACACACGCAAAUUCUGCUCCGGUUGUCGCUUAAAGAAGUGCUUUGACAUCGGCAUGAAGAAGGAAUGGAUAUUAAGUGAUGAGCAGCUGGCGAAGAGGCGACAGAAGCUUACCAAACAGGACCGAGCCAAGCUCCGGAGAAUCGAGGAACCAGAGGGCAUGACCGCUUGUCCAGAAGUGUCCACAAGUAACUACCACUCCGACGAAUCUUCCUCCUACAACCAGUCACCCCCCACCGAUAACUCCCCCUUCAAGUCGGAGAUGGACGAUGAUGAUUAUCCGAGGACACUGCCCGAGGAGUACCGGAUUGAGAUUCAGAAUCUGGAGGAGCAGUACGCGGCGGUGUUCGACCAGCCGUACAACGAGACGCAGUAUAAGAAGCUGACCGAAAGUCCCCGCUCGGCCAACGACCUGUUCAAUUUAACGGACAUAUUUAUUCGGAGGCUGAUCAAGUUUGCCAAACACGUACCAGAAUUCAAACAGCUCCAACAAGAGGACCAAAUUCAUUUGCUAAAAGGUGGCAUUAUGGAAAUCAUGGUUCUGCGUUCAGUGAUGGGUUUUGACGCUCAGGCCAUGGCCUGGAAAGUCCGAGGCGGAUCAGCGCAAACAAACAGUAUCUGUGAAACAAAACUAAGCCCCGAAAUGAUAAAAUCUAUGGACACCAGUAUGUAUUCAGACCAUGUGAAAUUCGUGAUGAGCCUGAAUCAGCUCACGAAAGCCAACAAAACCAUAUUGACCCUGUUGUUCGUGAUCGAGUUAUUUUCAUCGGACAGACCAAGUCUCAAAAACAAGGAGUUAGUGGCCAAGGGGCAGGAGAAGUUCUCCACCUGGCUCCAGGCCUACCUGGAAUCUAUUUACCCUGUGAAUGAAGCAAGACAACUGUAUCCUAAACUUCUCAUGAAGCUGCUGGAUGUUAGGAGCCUAGGUGAAUCAAGUGCUCAGCUUGCCUCCCAUCUCGAUAUUACACGACUCGAGCCCUUGCUCGUGGAAAUUUUCAGUUUACAAAAGUGACAUCAAAUGACACGCAAUGAAAAAAAUGGGAUUUAGCAGAAUAGUAACUUGGUUUGUUUUUUUUGGCAUCAACGACCCUGUACAAUAUGGCAUCAUCAUGCUCUGUAUGUUGUCUUCAUGUUCUGAAGCACCAGGCUCCGGCAGCUAAGCUAUUAUUGUCUUGGAAUUGGGAUUAGUGUAGGAAUGGCAGGAUCAGUGUAGAGAUGGCAGGAUCAAUCCUACAGGAUUAGUCUUGUUAAGGUUAUCCGGACUUAAUGUUAUUGUUGUGGAAUGAAUGAAGGGAAAGUUAAAAAAAGUUUUGUGAGCAUGUGUGAUAUUUGUAUAAAUGUUUACUGGAAUCUAUAGUAAUGUAUUUUGUGAUGAAAUCAAGUAUUUCUGUGAUGAAAUGGGUUUUAGUUUGAAAAACCUCUCCUUCAAGGAAUUGGAGGAGAAAACUCCUUAGAUUUUUAUAUAUGUAUGUCGGCCUUUGCAAGUUGCAAAUAGUAGAUGGUAGUCAGUAUUGAAGCAUGUCAAAGCUUUUAUGUGCUGGAGUAGUAACUGCCUAAUUCGUGUGUGUAGAUAGACAUUGGCACGCGGUGGAAUGUCUCUGACUGUUGGGCCUCAGGGAGGACAAAUCGUUCAGGGAAAAAAUCUUCUGGCUCGGCAGCUCCUACCUCUAGACCAUACUCACUAUUACCCAUCAACCACUGCAACAAUUCCCAGUCACUGCAGCGUAUCGCUUUUGUAUUCUCUCAUGUGUGCAAGCUUUUUGUUAUUUUUUUUUUUUUUUUGAGAAACAAGUGCUACAAUUGUAAGAUGCUUUUUAUUAAAAUUUAGAGGGGAAAUAUUCUCUUUAUUGCUUUGUAAGUGUGUCCACGAGUCAAAUUCUCUUCAUCUUCUUUUCUUUUCAUUUUGAGACAGAAUAUUAACAUAUCUUGAAUUCUUAGGAAUUUAUACUGCAUAUCUACAUUGUACAUACACGUGAGUGCAUUAUUAAUUAAUCGAUGAGCAAUUGUUAUGAUGUACCAUUUCACGAUGUGAGUGUGGUCACAAGUUAAUGCACCAUCAGUUGCACUGUGAUGGAGAAAUCCUUCUAAAAUGACAGGGACCCACAACCUUGGAAGAAGAGGAAUUUUUCAAGAUGACGCAUCAGAUAUCAUUCAUAAUAACAGGACGGCUUAAAUACAAGUCUCUGCUGUGUUUUAUUAUAACCUAGAAGACGUCUAUUGAUUUCUCGUCCCUGCUUGAAUGUAAGUGAAUAUCGAUCCACCUUUUUUUAAUACCCAGCCUGGCCAAAGGUGCAAAAAUCAAGGUUGUGGGGGCCCAAUUCCUAGCGCCUUAUGAUGUUAAGUACCAGUGGUAAAAGUUAUAUGGCAUGCUUGAUAUUGGUACCCGAAUGCAUUUAGUGUGUGUUUUACUUGACUGUUUAAACAUGUUUCAAGUGAGAGUCAGCAAAUGAGUGAUGGCAUUGUAUUUGUGUUUUAAACCUGUUUCUGUCAACUUGUUCUGUUUAUGACUGGUUAUAUAAACAGAAAAUCCCCCCCCCUUCCCUACCCUCCUACCCCCCCCCCCCCUUUCCCCCCAAAUUAUCAUGUUUGUCAUAAUGCCCCUAUUGCUUACAUCGGGUGGUCUUAUAUAACAUUGUUUUGAAUAUUGUUCAGAUUUUAGAAGAUUUUAACCGUAUACAUGUAUAUGUUUUGUUUAUGUAAAGAGAUCUAAAAGUCAAUGUCCAUUUCAUAGCUACUUAAUGAGCAUGCAGAUCAGAGUGGUAUUAAAUUUUUUUUUAACUCUUCAAACUUUACAAAUCUCCAUAUUUUUCAAUCUAUUUAGUUUUUCUCACUUUUUGUCAGAGGAAAAUAAUAGUUCAAACUCUGUAGAUUUGAUGAUAAGCAAUUAUUGAUAAACUACUGAUUAAAAGUAAAUUGGAGAUUAAUUUUCAUAUCCACCUAAUCUUGGUUUACUGAAAUAUUUGUUGGCAAAUUAAUUAUCCAAGUCUCUGUCAUCACAUGAUGCUCCGCAUUCCCAUCAAGCACCUGAUGCAUGCACAUAUCGUCCAUGUUCAUUGUUGUGACGUUGUGUUCUGGGCAUUUUUUAACAAUUUUUUCUUUUGAUCCUUCCACUGUGAUCUCAUGUCAAAAUGUAUCCGGUGGAUCCAAGAAUUUGUGUGCACUAGGCGUGAGCACGAGAGAUAAAUGAAGUGUGAUGCUAUGAGUGUUAUGAUAAUGCAUAUUAUUACAGUCCGUUAUGUAAUUCUGUUGUUCAAGCUUUGACCAAAAGAUAUCAGACAAGUACUGCAGUUAUGUUGAAACAAUUUCUACAAUAUGAUAGUGCUAAUAUUUAAUGAAUGUUUCUGUAGUGACCAAAUUUUAUACGUGUCUACGUGUAGAUGUUUUUGCAUUUACCUGUUAUUGUCAAUAUGGAUUCUCUUUAAGUAGAAUUAUAUACUUAGUUAAUGGAACAUAAUUGCCAAAAAAAAAUUAAUUGAAUACAUAAUAUUAUCCAUGACCUAUACUUGUACUGAAAAUAGCUCAAAACUUGACAUUUUCUGCUUUUUUCUUUGAUAUGUCAUUCAGGAAAAAUGAAAUGGAGAAAGUACAACACAUUUUUGUUAAUUGUUUAAAAGAUUUCCUGUUGUCAUUUAUGGCCUAGUUUAUGUAUUGGCAAUGAAGCUAUUCAUGAGAUGAUAUCAUUGUGUUGCUCAAAACAGCAAUUUGUCUAUUGUUGAAUAAAAAAAAAGUAUGGGUGACAACAUUACAACAA